UGGCCGUGGGUUUCUGGGGGAGAGGCGUUAGUUAGGGGAUUGAUGUGAGGGGGUAGGGAGGGACGCACUGUCUGUGGUUGUGGACGCUGCGAUUGAGCUCGAGGUGUGUUGUCGUCGGUCGUGGUUCGAAAAGUUUAAGCUUGUACUGUUUUUGGUCCGUUGCUUACGUAAGGCUGGCACGGACCUGAGGGAGCGGAAAAACUGGGGCGGAGGGUUGUCAGCCUUGUGUAUCCGGGAGGAGCCUGGCGAAUCAGGGACGACGAGGCGGAAAAGUUGGGGUGAGUUCCAAUGUUAAUGUUCGUGGUUUGAUGACCUUAUCUUGAUGUUAUUGUUGUUGACUUGAAGGUUUUGCAUGUUAUGUACGCCUGAAAGAACGACUAUUAUAGCUACAAUACACAUAAGGCCGAUAUGGCGUUGUCCCCGCUGAUUGUAGGAGCGCCCGGCGCAGAUCAAGGCAGGAGUCCACCUGGGGCGAGAUCAAAGCUAUUCGCAGCAACGAAGGCACAGAAUGGCUCAGGAAAUGCGUCGCCGAUUCCUGAAGCUGCGCCUGAUCUGGCGGAGCAGUUGAACAUGGAAGAGAAGGCGAAAUACAUCAAAGGCAAGAAACUCGGAGAAGGAACCUACGCAAACGUCUACCUAGGCACCCUCCGCAGCGACCCCACCCACUUCGUCGCGAUCAAGAAGAUCAAAAUCCAGGCCGAGUACACCGAAGGGCUCGCCCCCGACGCCGUGCGCGAACUCAAGCACCUCCAGGAGCUAUCCCAUCCCAACAUCAUAACUCUUCACUCCGUCUUCUCCUCACGCGACCAGAACCUAAACCUCGUCCUCGAGUUCCUUCCCCUCGGCGACCUGGAGAUGCUUAUCAAAGACGUUGAGGGCGUGCGAUACGGUGCAGCGGAUAUCAAGGCUUGGAUGGGCAUGCUCAGCCGCGCUGUGUGGUUCUGCCACGCUAAUGCGGUGCUGCAUCGCGAUAUCAAGCCUAAUAACUUGCUAAUCGCCGCUGAUGGGAUGGUCAAACUUGCGGAUUUCGGUCUUGCGCGCGCAUUCGCGGAUCCGUAUAAGCAGAUGACCAGCAACGUCAUCACGCGCUGGUACCGCCCGCCUGAGCUGCUCUUCGGCGCGCGUCACUACUCCGGCGCCGUCGAUAUCUGGGCCGUCGGACUGGUAUUCGCGGAGCUGCUGAUCCGCACGCCCUACCUGGCUGGUGACACAGAAGUGCACCAAAUCAGCCUGAUCUGCCAAGCAAUCGGAACACCAACAGAAGAAGUCUGGCCUGGCGUCAGCAAACUCCCCGAAUACACCGUUCCCGAGCCGCACAACCCGGUCAGGGGCCGCGAGACCUACCUCGGGACCUUCGGGACCGCGGGGUACGAGGGCGUGGAUCUCCUGAUGGCGAUGUUGGUGUUGGACCCGCGGGCGCGGAUUACGGCGCAGGCGGUGCUGGAACAUCCGUGGUGGAGCUGCGAGCCGAGGCCGACGAGGAAGGAGGAUUUGCCGCGGAAGGGGGGUGGAGCGGAGGCGGUGGGGAAGGAUAUGGGGAGGGGGGCGGGGGUGGUGGGGAGUGAGGAGAGGCCGGCGGUGGCGAGGAAGUUGGAUUUUGGGGCGAUGAGAUAGGGUAGUAUGGCGGUAUGAGCGGGUUGGGUUGGGGAAUGGGCGUUUGGGUUUGGCGGGGAGUUUUGUGUGGUUUAGAGACAGAGGGGUUGUUUUGCAGAGAUUGGGUAGAGAAAGACGGAAGUGAGAUCGGGGUAUUAGUUAAUCAAUGACAAAAUAUCCGCAGUGUCAAGGCGAACCGUAGACUGGGGAUUUCGUCUAUCCUGCAUGCUUGUUGAGAAGAAUAUCACGUCAUCUAAUUUCCAAUCAGUUAUGCGGAAAGAGAAAAGGGUAGAUCGAGUGAAUUACAUCAACACCCUCAUCACAACGGA